AUGUCGCCAGGGCUAGAGAGUAGGGGUGAGAAGACUGAUGUCGCGAACAGGAAGAGGCCUUUACCACCCUGUGAAGAUGAUGAGCAAAAGGGGAAAGGACAGAAGUCCCAGCCAUUUGGAGACAACCUAGGCCUCAAAGCAGAAGUCACCAAACCGCCGCAGGAAGCUGAAGGACACUCAAAACGAGAAAGUGACAGGAGGAGGCCUCAGCCGGCAUGUGAUCAGGAGGAGUCAGGGCCCAAGAGAGUGAGAGGGCAAGAGGAUGGCAAGACUUCUGAGGCCCACCUGGUCCAUUCCAGCCUGAAGGCCAAAUCUGCCCAGCACCGUCAGAAAGAGCGUGUGGAGAAGCUCUAUAAAAGAGAAAAGCUGCUGGGUCGGGGAGGUUUCGGCUCAGUGUUCGCAGGGACACGAAAAUCAGAUGGACUGCAGGUGGCACUGAAGUACGCCAGGAAGCUUAAGGAUGAUGACUUGCAGCUUCCUGGACAGGAAGCACCAGCACCCAGGGAGGUGGCGCUGAUGAGGGCAGUGAAUGAGGUGCCGAACCCAAACGUGCUGCAGAUGUACGAGUGGUAUGACCGGCCAUCCUCGUAUGUGAUGGUGCUGGAGCGGCCCGACCCGUGCCAGGACCUGGACUCAUACUGCCAGGAUCAGGGGGGCAGGCUGAGAGAGGAGGAAGCGCGCAGGGUGGUGGAGCAGCUGCUGCCUGCGCUCCUGCACUGCCAGCAAAGGGGCAUCGUCCAUCGGGACGUGAAGCCCGAAAACCUGCUCAUCCGCACCGACACCCAGGAGCUCAAGCUUAUCGACUUUGGCUGCGGGGACCCGCUGAAAAACACCCCAUUUGAUUCCUUCUCAGGCACGCUGCCUUACCAGCCCCCGGAGUGGUUCCAGGAGGGGACAUUCUUGGCCGGGCCUGGGACCGUUUGGUCCGUGGGUGUGACCCUCUACAACCUGGUCUAUGGUCGCCUGCCAUUCACCAAGUUCACCAAGGCAUGCAUGGGCCAGGUGGUGCUCGAUGAUGGCCUUUCAGCAGAGAUAAAAGACUUUAUCCUGUGGUGCCUGAGGCCUCACCCCGAGGACCGGCCCACUCUGGAGCAGCUCCAGCUCCACCCCUGGCUCCACCCCCGCUUUUAA